GAGAGGGUCAGGCAACAGGGAACCAGAGCAUCUUCUCCAGCCUCACUGAGUGCCAAUGGCUGUCACGGUGUCCAGCAACAGAGAGCUGUCAGGGCCAGCACUGGCUGAAAGUAGUGAAAUUCAAGAGGAGGCUUUUCCACUGAAGAAUAAGAAAUCUGCAGCAAGCAGAAAGAGGCUGGAGAUAUCUCAGCUGGACUGCGACCCUGAGCUGUGCUGCGGGUGUGCUUACAGCUACGUGAGCAUCUCUUUGCACCUCGGUGAGCGGGUGUCUGCGUCAGGCAACAUGGGUCAGGAACCGCACGGCCCCAUCGUGAUCAAUUGACCAUGUCUAUCUGCGACAGCUCCUGAAUUCAGAGUCGAUAAAGCUGAACGUCUUGGCUACCACGGGUCUUUCUGCUAUGAUGGAGAAAGGACUUGAUCCAACAGGAAGCUGAGAUGAAAGAAUCCAGCCGUGAGAGGUCACAGGAGUUUGUACUGCCUGUCUUCACAAUUACUAACAAGUAAGCACUAUAGGAUACCAUAGGAUGGAGACGGACUUGGUUUCUGUUAAUGACAGCUGUCACACAGGAGAGGAGCACUCGGGUGGUUCCAGACGCCUCAGAAGGGCUGUGCUGCAAAGCCAGCCUGCAGCUGGAGGUGGAGGAAGAUUACUCACCACCUUCUAGUCCUGGCUGCAUCCUGCUAGACCUCCAGUCUGACAAGAAACCCCUAUAGAGUUGCACUGCAAAGAGGAGGAGACCUUUGAAACUUAACUACCAGAAGCCUGAUUCAGCCAAGCCACCAACUUUGACCUGCAGCAUGAAGGUGAACGUUGAGAAUGCUUUUCCUCUGAACAUUCUGAGGAACCUUGAGAGAGGAUAAAUGAGGAUGAUGAAAGCUUCAUUCUUAUUGAUGCUUUUGAGGACGAGGAGGACCUGGAGCAUCUGGAGGUGCUUUGGUCACUUCCUCUGUGAUCCCUAUGAGGAAGAUCAUUGUUUGUUGGCAUUAUGCCAUUCCUUGUCAGCUGCAAGAGGAAAUGCUGCCACUGUAUCAGGUUGAAGUCUAAAGAGAUGUGCAGUUGUUAGAUAUGUUCUGUAUUUCCUGUUAACUGAAGAAGCCCUUUUCCAAAACCAGUAGUUUUGUUAAGAAAAGACAGCGAGAUACCUGUCCAGUGUGCAACACAACCGCAGUGUGAAAAGCAGGAGCAACCUCUGCCAGUUUACACGGUGAUGCUGGAGAGCGGUUCCGAUUGCAGGAGGCGCAGGACUGGUCAGUGCGAUGACAGGGGGGGGACAAAUGCAGAGCACGGAGGGGUCAGGGCCCCCUGGUCGUAGCUGAACAGAAGCUGCUGGGAGAUUCCCAGCGGUGUUCCUGGGGGAUUGGACCUUGGAUGACCUCCUGUUGAACAGUUCCGUUAACGUAAAAAUGGAUGUGUGGGAAUGAAAUGUGCCGCCUGGGAGGUUGAACAGGAGGGAGGGCUGCAGAGCCACGGAAGCAUGAGAAGCCUUCCAGAAAUGGUGAAUAUUUCUGCUCCGGAUUGGUGGGUUAUCAGCGAUAAGGGAUGGAGGAAAGGAUCCUGAGAAGGCCUACGGACUGUGAUUGUAACUGUGGCUUUGGAAAAAGCAAAUGGGGUCCUAGGACGUGUUGGGCAAAGGACUUCCACUAGGAAUAAGGAAAUAGUGCCGCUGUCAGAGGCCCUGGGAGGGCUGUAAGGAGAGCUGAGAAUGAGAUGGACUUAACCAUGAAAGACCUGAAGCUCUUGGUACACGCCUGGUCGGUGAGCUGCGGAUGAACACAGCGUACGCCUCAGAGGAUGGACGUGCACGUGGACCGGGACUCUGAGAAUAACAUUUGUGACACAGGUGAGAAGCAUUCAGGUUAUUCCAGAAAGACCACUAAGCAGGUGGGCCACACGUCUGGCCUCCAGAAGGAGGUAGACAUGAAUUACUCGCAGACGCACAGUCCUCUUUGCAGUUCUGCUGGCCCUUCAGGUAAGCAGGAGCUUCUUGCGGAGUUGCAGUGUGAAGACAAAGAAACCUUUGAGACCUACUACCAGAAACGAGGCGAGGGUACAGCUGGGGUGGUUGUCCCCUCCAUUACCAACUUUGGCCUGCGGUGUGAAGAUAAAGAUUUAGAGCACUGUUCCUCUGAGCAGUCCAAGAGACCGCGGAGAAGACUGCGUGACGAUAACGAAAACACCAUUCUUGCUGAGGUGUUUGAUGAGGACCUGGGGCCUGCCUCUGAGGAAGCUUCGCUGUACCGAUGCAAGAAGUGCGGUUCCUCUUUCCAGGGUGUGAGCGAGCUGCAGGAACACAGGCGAACUCACCUUGUGGAAAACUCGUACCGAUGUCCCGUCUGCGCCAAAGAGUUCUUCCGUGCGGCAAACUUGCGAAUGCACAAGCUCAUUCAUUCUAGCGACAGGCCGCACAAGUGCCCGGAGUGUGACAAGGGUUUCAUUCGCACGGCCGACGUCUGGAGGCACCUACGCAACGUGCACAAGAUAGAGCGCUCCAUGGUCAUCUUGGGAAACGGCAUGGCUAGGAACCCGUGGUCGAUAGUGCACCGUAACCAGCACGCCGUGGAGUACACGGGUCAGCCUUGCGCGGAAAACCAAAAGCCCGAGGAAGGCGACUGUAAACCUUACGCCUGCCCGACGUGUGGCAAAGGUUUCGAUAAGCCUAACCUGCUUUCCAAACACAAGGUGAUCCACCGACAAGACAAGCCCUAUAAGUGUCAGGAGUGUGGCAUGGCGUUCGUCCAGCUGCUCAGGCUGAAAAGACACCAGCAGACUCACUCUGGGGAGCGUCCCUUCUACUGCGAGGAGUGUGGGGGGACGUUCACCCGGCUGGCAUCGCUCCAGCGCCAUCACCGCAUCCAUACUGGAGAGAAGCCCUACUCUUGCAGUUACUGUGGUCAUGCCUUCACCGAGUCAGGUACCUUACGGAGGCAUGAGCGCACGCACAAAUCGGACAAAUCUUAAGUCUUGCUUCUUUUGGGAUUGCGGUCUCCUGGGUUGCUUCCUACCUGAACGAGGCUUGCUCCGUUGGGCUGGAGAAAGCACCCCACCGCAUGCGCUCUGGCCGGUCCAGGCCUGCUUCCCAGCAGUGGCUGACGGAGAACACGGCAGCAUGGGGGUCUCUGGAACUUGUACUGGCAGAGAUUGCACUCGCUGGCUUUAGACUGGCUUUGUAUGGAAAAAAAUAACAUAAUUACCACUGGGUGUUGGAAUGUGAGACUUGGAGAAGACUGAACUCACACACGCUAGCACUGUCUCAAUUUGCUGAACUGAUGAUGCAUCAGCUUAAGCUUUUUGCAGGGAUGCAUGGGCUAUAAGACUUUUCUCUGCAGUCUUGGUCACUGGAUAAAUUGGUCCUGCCCGCUUGGGUGUGAUGGCUCUUUGGCACUGGGUUUGGAGAUCUGUUGUUGCAGAUCUUUGCUGUGGCAGAACAGUCCAGAGUUGUCCCUCUAUCCCUUCUCUCCUUGCAUUCCGCUGAGUUUUUCUUUCCGUUACUUUUUUUUUUUUUUUAUUUGGAGGGGAAGUAUCAUGUUGGUUAUUUAAAAAACACAACAAAACAAACAACCACAAAACAGUUCCUUAAUAAACUCAAGAGUUACCAGCU